AGGUAAUCUCACCUCUCGCCCCGUGUAAGACAGGGCAGCAUGCCUCUGGCCAAAGUAAGCAUGGCCGAAAGGCCUCGAGGGAUAUUACAACCACGCAAAAUAUGCUCCAACGAUGACGUUCUCGGCGAGAGUCAAUGUUGGGGAUCAGAGGAUCAGACACUUUUGGAACCGCACGAUGCCUAGGAAUGGGCUUUUCACAUUCGAGCAUUUCGAGCUCUUCCUGUCUCAAUUCCUAGCACUGUCUCUCUCUCUCUCUCUCUCUCGCUCUUCACAGGCCUUCAAGGGGCCUCGCUCAACCGUGGUAUCAUCCUCCCCUUUCCCUAGUCGGUUCUCUUUUUCCGGUCUUCCCACCAACCAGCGGAAUGCCGUCUUCAGCCAUGCCACACACUCUCUCGUCCAUCCCCUUUUCAAGUAUUUUUGUCUUGCCCGCAAAUUAAAAAAACACGGGCCUGAGAAAACGGUCCCGGUGGUGUGUGGAGUAUCACAAACCCGCAUACGACGCGGAGAGGAAAAAGAACACUAUAGGGGAAAACGGAACAGAAAGAAGAGACAGGGGAAGGGGGGGAAGAGAACCCCCAAAGGUAGCGAUCGUAGAGCGAAUAGGUAGAGUGGAAAUCUUUGUGCCAGGCAUAAAUCAAGGAAAGAAAGAAACACCCGAAACACCUUUCCCCCCUUGGCAACUUCCGGAGAAGAACACACCCUUCAUGUGUGUAUGUGUGAUGUGAUCGUCGGGCUAGCCUUCUGUUGUGGUAUCAUCCCGCCGCCCAGUAAGAUGAAG